CAGGUAGCGGUCGUGGACGUGAUGGCGGGGGCCGCGUGCUGCUGCAGUGGGUGGCGCGGGACGUCGCCCGUCGACUGGUGCGAGGACAACUACACCGUCACGCCCCACAUCGCCGAGUUCGUCAACACCGUGAGCAACGUGCUGUUCCUGGUGAUCCCCGGCGCCUGCAUGAGGCUGUGGGACAGCUACGCGCAGCACGUGUCGCGGGGCAUCCACGUGGUGUGGGUGUUCUUCACGAUCGUGGGCAUCUCCUCGGCCUACUUCCACGCCACGCUCUCCCUCCUCGGCCAGCUCCUCGACGAGCUCUCCAUCCUGUGGCUGCUCAUGGUGUCCUACGCGCUGUUCACGCCCGUGCACUUCCGCCCUCGGUUCCUGCAGGCCAAUCGGAAGAUGUACUACCUGGCCGUCUCGCUGCUGGCCAUCCUCAUCACGGGCUCGGCCUUCGUGCAGCCGGCGAUCAACUGCUACGCGCUCUUCGGCGUCGGGUCGCCGGCCAUCGCCAUGCUAACGGUGCAGGUGCGGCGGGCGAGCGACCCCGCCGUGAAGCGCCUGGGCAUGGUCACGCUGAGCGGCCUCGCCCUCGCCGCCACGGCCUGGGUCGGGGACCACAUCCUCUGCACCGUUCUCAGAGCCAUCGAUCUCGCCGUCCUCCACGGCCUGUGGCACAUUCUCAUCUUCUUCAGCUCGUACAACACGCAGGUCCUCUUCUGCUACUUCCACGCCAUUCAGGAGGUGCCCGAGAAGAAGCCCACGCUAAGGUAUUGGCCGAACCGCUGGUGGGGGCUGCCGUACGUCUAUUGUCAGAGCUCCAGGCACGAUAAGACGCCCUGAAUUUGAAACACUCACUCAUUCACCAUACACUGACCAUACACACACCUGCAAGGCGCACAUGAUUGCAAAACGCUUAUCACGCAUCUAGUCGGUAUUGCAAAGCAGCAGCCACAUCGACGAGAUCCUUCUGGUGCAGUGAAGGAAGCGAAUCAACACUGCCACAGCUCUAUACUGUUAAUGUCUCUCUAUGCUGCUGUUUUGACUAGUGUUUUAUACAGCUUGAAUUCCUUUGUUUUUUAUUUUCGUAAAAUGGUGCUAGAUGUCAAAGAAAAGUUUAUUUUUUUGAAGAAGUAUCAAUUUGAAUUAGAUGUCUAUCUGCUGUAGUGUCUUUCUGCAUGUCUCAUUUUCCUUAUCCUUCCUUUAGCUCCCCAUCCACCCCUCUCUCUCUCUCUCUCUCUC